CUGAUUUUUUAAUCAAGGUCGUUCAAGUCUUCCAAUGGUGAUGAUGUCGCCAGGCUACCUGAUAGAUUGACCUGAUAAAGUCUUCCCUUUGUAAAUUCGUCCCGGCAUUGAAGUUUUGCACCACCACGUUGUCCAUUGAAGACAUACAUAUUCACGGUAAGGUUCUCCGCAGUCCGGCAGGUCGAGAACUCGGAUCCUCCCUUGAGCACCUUCCUUUCAUGGCCGCCUUCGCCGUUACCGUUCUUCUCUUCCUCCCCAUCUUCUCUGCCGCUGCAAUAUCCGACCAGUAUGUAAACUUCACCUCUUUCUCCAUCCAAGACUCACCCUGGCGAGUAGACCAGAACAGAGUGCUAGUCUCCCCAGGCGGCAGCUUCGCCGCCGGGUUCCGGCCCCUCCCGACAUCUCCCCAUCUCUUCCUCUUUGCCGUCUGGUACCGACAAUCCAACGAAACUAUCGUUUGGGCCAUGAACCGUGACUCCCCUGUGAGCAACUCGUCCUCGCUAGUCUUCUCCAAAGAUGGGAAGCUCAUCCUCAGCCCGACGACGAUCUCGGUCAACGCUACUGCCAGUUCCAACUCAACAAAAUUGGUGCUAGAGGAGACCGGCGGCCUCCAGUUUGAUAGUUGGACCAGCUUCGACGAUCCGAUGGACACCAUUCUCCCCGGCCAGACGCUUCCAUCCAUCAAUCUCGUCGCCAGAAGGAGCCUCGCUGACUACAGAUCUGGCUUCUAUAAUCUCGUGAACUGGACCUCACUGAGCUUCUACGAUGAGAAGUACGGAAACAUCGACAAGGGGCCUCUAACGAAUCUGACAAGCGACGGCCUUCUGAAAGCGAAAACCGGGGACUAUUAUCUUGCCGAUUUCGGGGAAAACGACACGUUGCGCCGGCUGACUCUUGAUCCAGACGGCAAUCUGAGGGUCUAUAGCAUGAAUCCAGCCAACGGGCGCUGGUUCAUCGUCUGGCGGUUGAUUCCCAACCUUUGUCGCGUUCCCGGCCUCUGUGGUCUCAACUCCAUUUGCAUGAGCGACGUUGAUGACCAAGUCUCCUGCGUCUGCCCGCCUGGUUUCCGUCGCACGGCGGGAAGUAGAUGCGAGCCCAUAAUCAAUAUCACUGCCCCUGCUGAAACCAGGUUCCUGCAACUAGACUUUGUCAACUUCACAAAGGGUCUCAACCCGAACGUUACCUCGGCUCCAACUCUGUCCAACUGUGAGACGGGCUGCUUGGACCAACCAUCCUGUCGCGGCUUCGUCUACCAAUUUGACGGCAGCGGAUACUGUGCGCACCUCGAACAAUUGCUCGAGGGGCGCUGGUCGCCUGGAACGCUGACAGCGGCGUACAUCCGCGUGUCGAAGCGCGAGAACGCGAUCACCAACUUCACCGGCCUGACGGAACUGGUGAACACGACGUGCCCUGUUCGCCUCCUGCUGCCGGAAGCCCCCGAUAUGUCCAAUCCGAGGAACAGAAACCUCGCCAUCGUCUGCUGCUUCUUCGCUCUUGAGCUCCUUGGAGCAAUGGCUUUCUUCUGGACCUUCAUUCGGAGGCACACCCACUACAGGGAGUCGGCAGGAAACCUCGGUCUGGAUCAGCUGCCUCUUAGGCGCUUCACCCUUGCCGAGCUCACGGCUGCCACCGACGACUUCAGCCACGAGAUAGGCUCUGGUGGAUUCGGCACGGUGUACAAAGGCGAGCUACCUGACCACCGGGUCGUCGCCGUGAAGCGGCUCAAGUUCUCUUCCCGCUGCAGCAGCGACGCUGAGUUCUGGGCCGAAGCGGCCAUCAUUGCUCGAUUGCACCACCUCAACUUGGUGCGCCUAUGGGGUUUCUGCGCCGAGAAGGGGCAGAGGCUUCUUGUCUAUGAGUACGUUCCCAACGGCUCCCUUAACAAGUUCCUCUUCCCGGCUGCAGUCAGAGAGCAAGGCGUUGCAGAGGCUCCCAUGCUUGACUGGAGCACACGCUAUCGCAUCGCCAUAGGCGUGGCGAGGGCCAUCGCUUACCUUCACGAAGAGUGCCGCGAGUGGGUGCUUCACUGUGAUAUUAAGCCAGAGAACAUCCUUCUAGAGAAUGAUUUCUGCCCCAAAGUCUCAGAUUUCGGUUUAGCUAAGCUGGCCACGAAGGCAGACAUGGUGAGCAUGUCAGGAAUACGGGGAACUCGUGGGUACUUGGCACCGGAAUGGGCCGGCAUCAACCCAACGAUCACGGCAAAGGCGGAUGUGUACAGCUUCGGGAUGGUACUGCUUGAGAUCGUCUGUGGCAUUCGAAAUAUGGAGUUUCAGCAAUCUUCCAUGGAGAGUUGUGAGUGGUAUCUGCCCAAAUGGGCCUAUGAGAAGGCUUGUGUCGAGAAGAAGGUGGAAGACAUCUUAGACCCCAGGCUGCUUCAGUCAUACGACUGCCGUCAGCAUUCUAAGAUAGUGGACAGGAUGGUGAAGACGGCAAUUUGGUGCCUCCAGGAUCGGCCUGAGAUGCGGCCCUCCAUGGGGAAGGUCGCCAAGAUGCUGGAAGGGACUGUUGAUAUCGUGGAGCCACCCCAGGCCACCAUCUUCUUCUUGGGACCUUCUCCCUCCCUGUCGCCCCUCCCCGGCCAGAAGAAUAGUGCUCCCAAGACGGCAGAUGCAUAAUAAGUUUGUCGAUUAUCCUUAAGCACCAAAUUCGAGUUCAGACAGUUCAGAUGUUGAACGGUACUUUACAGUGUCAGGCCCAAGGUUUGUCACCUGUCAGCAUUGCCGCAUCUGUGCUGUUUCUAAACAGAAGUGCACUCCUAGUGAUGCUUCACAUUGUUAAUCUCCAACACCUGGACUGCUACUUUAUGCAUAAGCUGCUAAGUUAGUUACCUUUAGGUUUGUAUUUUCUUGUAAUAUUCUGCUGUAUAAUGUGAUGCUAGUGAGGACCUUUCAUUACAAGUUGUUCCUUUUCUCGUU